AUGGCCACAUCGUCAGAAUCGGAACUGCCGAGCCAUUCAUACGAUGGGAUGGCAGAUCUCGGAAGGGAUGUUGGAGGGGCGAUGGAGGGAAAGCAGAACUACGAUAAUUUCUCCGUCCACUAUGUCCUGCCCUACACCAACCACACAAACGUGCCCCUGAUGGCCAUCGCCGCCUUCUACGCCCUUUUGUUUAUGAUUGGGACCUGUGGAAAUGCUGCGAUACUCUCCGUUGUCCACUACGUUCGACAUCAAGAUCUACGAGCAAAACACAACAUGACCCUCGCCUACAUCUGCAUCUUGUGUAUUGUCGACUUUCUUUCGAUGUUGCCACUACCAAUGACUAUCAUCGAUCAGCUCCUCGGAUUCUGGAUGUUUGGCACAUUUGCGUGUAAACUCUUUCGGCUAUUGGAACACAUUGGAAAAAUCUUCUCGACCUUCAUCCUAGUCGCCUUCAGCUUGGACAGAUACUGUGCAGUGUGCCAUCCAUUGAGGUUAACGAUGCGAAGCCAGAAAAUCGUCACACUAAUGCUGUCGUCAAUGUUCGGAUUGACCUGCUUGAUGUUGUCGCCGAUCCUAAUUUUUGCGCAUUCGAAGGAACUCAUCGUGCACGAGAGCUACGAUAUGGCAGGGAAAUCCAUCACCCGGCUACACCUCUACAAAUGUGUAGAUGAUCUCGGGGAUUCGUUGUUUAUCCUGUUCACGCUCUUCUGCUUCUUCUUCGCAUACCUUGUCCCGUUGUUGAUGAUGAUCUACUUCUACUACGAGAUGUUGUAUCAACUCUUCAAGCAGUCCAGGGCAGUUCGGCAGAGCCUUGGGCAGAGACGCAAAAAGUUGGAGGAGCGGAUUCCGAUCAUGAGGAUUGCCGUCUACACACUCGCCAUUUGCGGCUUCCACUUUAUUUGUUGGACACCCUACUGGAUCUCGGUGCUUUACUCGCUGUACUUGGAGUUGGCGACGAGCAAUACCGACCCACCCACCCUAUCAUUCAUCUACUUCAUGUACGGCGUUCACGCGCUGCCAUACGUCAAUUCCGCCAGCAAUUUCGUGCUCUACGGGUUGCUGAAUCGACAGCUUCACCAAACUCAUCGCCGGGAUCGUGAUCACCGAUCCUCAAGAACUGGGUACACGUCGACGCUAAAGACGCGGGACUCGGCGCCCGUUUUGAUGAACGGGAAUGGUAACCCGAACAACGGCUACAUCAAGUCUUCCCCAUCAAAUUGCUCCCUUCAACACCAAGAAUACAUUCCACUGGUUGUCAAAACGUCCGACUUCGCCAGCAUGACGUCCCCGAAGCCGAGUUUAUCGAAUCUGGAGAGCUGCGAGGACUCGGUUAUAUUG